AUGGAAAUUAGUGGACAGGAUAAUGUCACUCCUUGGCAAGAAAUACUCAAUAGACGAGAACCUAUUACAAGGUCAGAAUUUCAUCGGGGUUUGAAUAGUAUUAGAGAUAAAAGUCUUUUAACGACAUAUUGUAAUGAGAUUAGAAGAGCAAGGCGUGGACAUGGGGUUACUCAUAACUACAUGGUUAAUCAGUGUGCAAUUAAAGCUCUAAAGAAAGAAAAGCGAUGCGGUAUUAGCGAUAAAGAUAAAAAAGCUAAGUCACAUAGUAAUCGCACUGAAGUGGGUGUUAAAAAUGUUGGCUGUAAGAUGUUAGAAAGUAAUUGGAAUAAAUGGAAUGAUUUGGCAUUCCAUCGAAGCGGUCAUUGGGCAAAUUUUUAGGUAGAUUAUGACAGUCACCUUUGAAUUUGAGGUCGCAUCAUGGUUUUUAACAAUGAUAUGAUCGUUUAGGUGACAGGUCGACUUGUUCUUUUUGAAAAGUAGUCUUGUUUCAUAAUGCUUAAUUCUUAUAUGUAUUUUUUUUUAUCUUAUAUUCUGUAAGUUUAUAUAUGUAAGUAAGCGUGAUUAUAAUAGAACAUGAUCACAUCU